AUGCAGAGAAUCGUCGAAACAGGAAUCGUUCCUUGCGACGGAAUCGUUCAGCAAACACUACGUGGGUUCUUAUGUGGACAUGGUAUAGUACCUGCACUGAGAGAAUUGGCUUCAAAAGACGAUUAUGAGCCACGUGCAAGACCUCAUCCAAAGGAUACUGGUAGUAAGAAACUUACAACUGCUCUUGUGGAGCUUUUCAAAGAGAAUGCGCUUCUGGGAGAGGGAAUGGACUUUUGCCACAGUCUCCAAGAUCCAGAAAAGGAGAAAGCUUUGCGCAUUGAAUUUGUUCCGGGCAGCAACGUUCUGGUCCAACUGCCUUUGAAGGAGAGGGAUGUCUUCUUUAUGGAGAGCCAAGGAACAGACGAUCGGCCAUAUCUUACGCAGGACAAUUUUCCCGAUCACAUCGGAAUUCCUGAAGAUGUCUUACUUGAAGCUUGUCCUUUCAUACGCUCGGCAUUCGGCGCAAAGGAUAUUGGCAAAUUUGUCUACCCUGAUGAUACUUGCCUGUACGACCCCGCGUACACAUCAAACCGAAAGAGAUGCAUUCGUGACACCGAACUCGUAUAUAUCGCUGAUCUGAUCGCUUCAUCCUAUGGGCGUACCGCACAGCAUUAUCAUUCCUUGAGCGAUUUAAAACAGAUUGAUAGCUGGCCAAAGGAGAAAUUGUGGGAGCAUACUAAAUCGUGGGCUAUAUUUUUAAGAGAGAACCACUUCAGUGAGCGCAUAUCAUCAAAUGACGAGCUCGAUGAACUAUGUAUGCUUGCUGCCUUUUUCGAGGCUAAAAAUAAUGCAACCACCGCUUUAAGGAAUGUGUAA